ACCAAUUACCCAUCAUUGUGGAUAAACUAUAAAGUGUAAUAAGGUACUCUGUUCGCAAUUAUAGAUACUGUUUUAUCCAAUUUUACUUCUAUGCAAUCAUAAUCAGAACUUGUUUCGUUCAAGAAACAACGGUGCUAAAACGAUAUUAUUCCUUGAUUGUUUUAAUAGGAAUGCCCGAAAUAUCUUAUAACAUUGUCAACAUAUUUUUUUUUUAUAUUUCUAAACGUAUGAUUCAUUUGUUUCAUUAAUUGACGCAUGAGAUUGUUAUCCACGUAUCUUACUUUUAUUAUUAUUUAACGAAGAAAACUUCUGUCAUUAUAACGAUAAAGAUGGAACGAAGUUCUGAUUACGAUAUUUCAUAACAUAGCCGGAAGAAACGCCGUAAUCUCGUGUACGUCAAACAGUAAAAAAAAAAAGCAAAAAAAAAAACAAAACGCGUCAAAAUAGUUGCUCGUUAAUUUUUUCUAUUGUAAAUAUAUAAUUUUACUGAUUGACUAGCGAACGACGGAUCUAAAUAAUUUUUUUUUUUUUCUGGAACUAAAAUGCUGGUUUCUUCGCUAAUUCGUUUUUCCCCUCAUUCUUCGCAUUUGUUUCCUUUUUUCUUUCAAAUGAAGCGAUAGAUGUAACUUUGACAUUUUUACACGAAUUUAUCAGAAACAGUGGAAAGGAAGAAAACGUUUAGCUUUUAGUUUGUAAUCUAUUUUGUAGUCAUAUGUAUAUAAAGAGUAAGCCUACAUUAUGUAGGAAUUUUUGAUAGUUUUUUCUAAUGAGACUAGUCGACAGCUUAGGUGUAAGUUGGAAGUCGCUAGUGCCGGAAGUAAACCUUUCUAUCAAAAGUUCCUCUAUCUAACUGUUCUUCUAAUGGACGUCCCUUUCUAUUUCACCAGUAUAUCGAGACAUGGGUUAUGCAAUAUUCAGAUUUAUUAUAGAAGGAAGAAAAUGAUGACAGUACUCGCAAUUAUCCUGCCUAUCAGAAAUACGUAUUUCUUUGACUUGUUUUACAUUUCAAUGGCAAAUCGCUAGACCCGCAAAAUACGUAGAAGUUUUUACGUGACUUCUGAUUUCAAAGGAUUUCUGUACGAUAUGUCGAGUGCACUGUUGCUGGUGUAUCUUAUGUAGAGUAUAUAGACUUGUUAGUAAUGUAAGCUAGGAUUCGUUUCUUUGUAUAUAAAAUACAUAUCCUUCAUAGACGAUGUGCUCGAUGUAAAGAAAGAUCUGCAUUGUCAAAGACCUUGUUGAAUCGUCCGCGGUAGAUAAAGAACGGGAAAAACGUAGGGAAAUAGAUGAAAACAUGAAAAAAAUGUGUAUACGUAUGGGUCCGAGUAUGUAUGAUGUAUAUGCGCGUGUGGUGUCAGUAUGUGUCGUGUGAUUUGUGGAUGAGGAUAAAAAAAUAAAGUAUAAUACACCACAAUCAUACAUUAACCCACCUUAUUGCUGAAAAAAAGACAGAAGGAAGCGAUAAUAUUUGGUGCCUUUAACCUACAUCAUAAAUACUUCCAAUAUGCUUGAAAAUAUAAAUAGAGAACUGUUACCAAUAAAAGCGCAUUACUUCCUGUUUAAUGCAGCUACUGGACCUAUAGUGCCAUUUUUACCAACAAUAGCAAAACAAUUAGGUUUUUCAGGAAUUUUAGUGGGCACAAUAUAUACGAUAUUACCAGUUUCUGGUUUAGUAGCAAAACCUCUAUUCGGAGGUUUAGCCGAUAAAUUUAAAAUUCAUAAACCAUUAUUUUUACUAUUUCAAGCUGUAGUUGCUAUAGCUAUGUUUACAAUACUCUUUAUCCCUGAAAUAGAUAGAAGUGCAAAUGUUACUCUUAAUUGUCUCGGUGAAGCAUCAUUGGAAAUCUGUUCAAAAAAUGAAUUUUCUAGUAAAGUCAUACAUAGCGUGGUAUCAGAGAAAAUGCACACUAAUACCUCGUGUCAUGUAUCGUGUAAAGCCACAAAAGAUAUUUAUACAGAAUUGUGUUUACAUUGGAAAGCAUCUGAAUUUUGUGAAUUACUAAAUUCAAACAUUUCAGAUACAGACACGUUUGAUUUUAAUGCGAGAUUUGACAUCUUUCAUGAUAUCCAUAUAGGUAAAUGUAUAUAUAUACAUAAUUUUACUGCCAUGUUCUCAAAUGAUGAAGCGCAUAAACCGCAUUGUGCAAAUUAUGUAAAAACGUUCUGUAAAACCAUAUGUCAUAACAAUCCAGCAUUUAAUCAAUUGUUGUUAGAAGCUGAAGUUUCACAAAACUCCACCGAAACUUCAUCUUAUCAGUUUCAGUCAUUUUUAUGGGCAACUAUAAUAAGUUGGAUUGGAAUGGCAGUUGUAGUUAGCAUAGCAGAUGCUAUAUGUUUUAAUCUCCUUGGAAAUGAUAGAAGAAAGGAAUAUGGAAAGCAAAAAAUGUGGGGUAGUAUUGGAUUUGGUAUUUUUGGAAUAAGUGCAGGAUAUUUAGUAGAUGUAUUUAGCGAAGGGCAGACCCAGAAAGAUUAUAGUUGUAUAUUUUAUAUAAUGUUGAUCAUGAUGAUUUUCGAUAUCAUUGUAUCAGCAACUUUAAGGAAGAAAAAUCCAGACUGCUCUGAGGAUGAGCCAUCGAUAUUCCAGGAACUAUUCACCAUCUUUAAAGAGGGUAAUGUCUUGGCAUUUGGCUGGUGGUGCAUAGGUGCUGGAAUGUGUACCAGUGUAAUAUGGAAUUUUCUAUUUUGGUACACCGAAGACUUAGCAACUGGUGUUCAAAUAACAUGGCUUAAAACUUUACAAGGCCUUUUAACUGGUAUACAAUGUUUUGUAGGAGAAUUACCUUUUAAUUUUAUCUCAGGAACUGUAUUACGAAAAUUGGGCCAUGUAAAUGUUAUGAGUUUAGUUUUAUUAAUUUAUGCAAUUAGAUUUAUGGCAUAUAGUACUGUAUCAAAUCCAUGGUGGUUUUUAAUCAUCGAAGUUCUUCAUGGACCAUCGUUAGGCCUUUGCUGGCCCACAAUGGUGUCGUACGGUGAUAAAGUAACACCACCUGGUACCAAAGCUACUAUACAAGGAUUUAUUGGUGCUGUGUUUGAAGGAAUUGGAGUGUCAUGUGGUAGUUUAAUAUGUGGAUGGUUAAUGGACACAUAUGGAGGUGCAACAACAAUGAGGGUAUUCUCAGUAGGUGCACUACUGUGGUUAACUUGCUUUUGGUUCAUUCUGUUAUUGGUGCGAAAACUUAAAGUAACACCAUUACAUUUGGGUCAUAAUCAUUUGGUGAAUUAUGCUAAUCCGGAUGAUGCAAUUCUCUUGACAAUGAAUCGCGAAUUGCAAACAUAUUAAUAUAAGAAAAAUGACAAUUUUAUUUAAAUGUGACUAUUUCAAUCGAACAUAAUACAGUGUAAUGUUUGUACAAUUAUUGGAUACUUUCUUACCAUAUUCGUGAAUCAUUUUUACAUUUUCUGUACUGUAGAACUCCAUUUAUCCGAACAUACGAUGGGACUGGACAGUUCUGAAAAUAGAGGCUUAUUAGCUUUAUCUUUUCCUAGUACUUAUUAGUUUCAUUAAUAGGAGCUGACGUUCAUAUCACGUUCAUUGUAAGAGCGCAAAAGCAUGUUUGUAUACUUACAUUCAUUAUAACAAUAGGCGUUCAUAAAAACUGAGAACUUCGCUGAACCAUAGGUUCGGAGAUUAGAACACUGCUAUGAUUUCGUAUAUUCCGAACGAAGUACAAACUCGUUCGAGUAAACGGAGUUCUACUGUAAUGUUUUUUUUAUAAAUAAAUGUUGAUUAUUCAGUAUUA